AAAGACGAGCAAAAGAUAUCUUCUUUUCAUUUAGAAGAACAAUCUCUGCCUGUUGAGAAAAAAAAAGGAUGCAGCAGGCAGCUACACCUCUCUGUUCUCAUUCACUUCCAUUCUCUAAAUAUCCCCUUGUUCCUCCUCUUCCAGCCCGACUUUCUCCCGCCCUCUUACCCCCUUCUCCUCUUCAAUUACUGCCCUUCAAACCUCCACGGAGUUACCUUCCUGCCAUCCUCUCCCCUCUCCACAGAACCUGUACGCGCAGACACUCUCUCUCUCUGGAUACUCAAGAGAUUGUUGAAACUUCAAAGAGUGAAUCAGAAUUUGUUGAAGUUGGGUAUAUUUCCAAUGUUCAUGGCCUCCAGGGAGAGAUUUCUGUAAAACCCACUACAGAUUUUCCGGAGCUACGAUUUUCCAAGCCUGGGAGAAGAUGGUUAAGGCAACUAGUUUCAGGCAAAGAUGUAAUUCGGGAAGUGGAGCUGGUUGAAGGAAGAGGACACCAUGGACGCAAGAGUUGGAUACUUAAAUUUGGGGGUAUUGACACUGUGGAUCGGGCUAAGCUGCUUGUUGGGUCAACUUUACUUGUAAGAGAAUAUGAAAGGCCAGAGUUGGAAGAAGGAGAGUUUUAUUCUCGUGAUCUCAUCGGAAUGAGAGUGAUUCUUAAGGAAACUGGUGAAUGUGUGGGAACUGUUGUUAAUGUUUUCGACAAUGGAGGUAAUGAUCUUCUGCAGGUAAUGCUCUACACAUCUUCAGAUGUGCCUGAUGGAACCGGAAAGUCAAAAACAGCGGAAGCAGGGGUAUCUGGUCAUCUUGCUUGGGUACCUUUUGUUGAAGCAAUUGUUCCAGAUGUCAAUAUGAAUGAAAGAGAAAUGAGGAUUACACCUCCGAAAGGACUUCUUGAGUUAAACCUACGCCUGGAUGAGAGGUCCAAGAAAGAAAGGCGUGAGCUUGAAUGGAGAGAGAGAAAGAAAUUCCAAAGACGCCUUAUAGCAGCAAAGAAGAAACUCUGUGAAAUGGAACAAAAGCAUGUAUUUGAUGGACUAAGAUAUGGGGACAAAUCUAAAAGGGGAUUGCUGGCAGACCAGAUUGUUGGUGUAAAUUCCAAAUUGCUUCAACAAGCCCUGGAAAAUAUAAAGAUAUCCUCUAAGAGAUGCUCUGCAACUGAGUUAAUCAGUGCCACAAGAACCAAGCAUAUAAAAAGUUCUUUGAUGAUAUCAAAGGAGUUCAUCACUUGUGCAAAUGAGGAGAAACUGGGAGCAAAUUUCAAAUUGCAAGAAAAAGGAUUGUCUCUCAUUUCUAAAGGCAAAGUGGCCAUCGUUUUAGUUUUGAAUGACAUUGAGAAAGGAAAAGGUGAUAAUCCUGGAGUAGUUGACUCUGAAAGUAGUGAGAAUUCACUGCUUUUCUUCCUUCAAAAAUCACUUUCUGAUGAUCAGACAUUUGUAAAGAUAGAAGACCGUGUGUCUGUGCCGUUGAUUUUGGUUUGCCCUGCACAAGAAAUCCAGGCUUUGCAGAAGCUGUUCUCAAAUAAUGAUUACUUCGCAUUUGACUCCAACAAGGUAUGGUUUUUGGAAGAAGAGAAAAUUCCAGUUGUUAGUAGUUCUGAAGAAGAAGGGAAGAGACAUAAAAUCAUGAUGAAGUCGCCAUGGGAAAUACUGCAAUCACCAGUUGGAUCUGGAGGAGUUAUUAGCUUGCUUUCUUCUGUCAAUAUUCCUGAGAAUCUCAGCAAAAUGGGCGUGGAGUAUAUUGAGAUAUGCAGUAGCAGCCAAAAUUGUGUUACUGGGAGUCCACUUCUACUUGGGUUUGUCGAGUCCCGCAAAGCAGAAAUAGGGAUCAAAAUCGUUGAAGAUACAAAAGAUUUAGAAGAAAGUUUUGACAUGAUAUUUUCCUUGAAUUUCAUGAGGUUGCUGGCGCAACAAAUCCAUAAACUCCAGUUCUAUGCAAUCCCAAAGCCAAAUCUGCAUGUGGAGAUGGUUGGCAAGGAGUGGAUUGAUGUUGUCCCGUCAUCUCCCAACUCAUAUGAACUUCGUUCUUCUAUUUACAGUUCCUUGAAUGCUUGUCCCCUGGAGAAGAUUUGUGUAAUGGAAAUAACAGAAUAACAAGAAUUUUUUAUUUUGCCCCCCCC